UCAUCACUUGGUCUCCCCUCCUGGCGCUCCGAAAUGCAAAGGGGUGUGAAAGAAGAGGAGGAGAAGUAGCCUCGUCCACGACGCGCCAGAGCCGCUCUUUCUAAUUUGCGCCUCCCAGUUGCAGUCAGUCAGCCCUGAGGCACCAAACUGUUAGCUACAAAGCCCCUGCUCUCUCGGCGACUUCCACUACCCUCCCACUCCCUCCCUACUCCAGGCUCAUUUUGGAGGCGGUAGCAACUGUGGCAGGUUGUGAGGCGAGCCUGGCGCUCACUUCCCGGGGUGCUGCUCUCUCUUGGGAGCUAGGAGUGUGGGUUCUGGCGCAGUGGCUGGAGUGCUCCGGAAGCCGCGCGCGAGGGAAGGAGUUCACACCUGCCGCCCGGUCCGCGGCGCGGAGCGGCUGAGCUGGAGAGGUUUCCUGCUUUCAGGAGCAGGCGUGAGUCUUCAGGGGAAGGUCCGGCCACCAGCUGAGACGUCCGAGUCCCCGCUUGCACCUUACGCCCUGGAUGAGGAGCAAUCGGAACCACCAAAGUCGCGCAGAAGAGGCUGGGAAGCAGGCUACUGAAAGUCCAAUUACUGAGCAAAGAGGUGGUAACCUGCGAUUCUAACUAAAAGGCUCUAUGAUUGAGGAUCCCACCUUAACCUCUCCCUCUAAAGUCCACGAAAGCUUCUCUGAACUCUAGAAGUUUCCUGGCAUCGUUUUUGGUCGCGGACUGAGUAGUGGAGCGAAAGGGCGGGACGGCUGGGCAACUUGGGGAGCUACUGUCAUAGGCUUCUGGCAACCUCUUGGCCCAGAAAGCCCAAGCCCGCGCACUUCUGAACUCCUCUUUGUUUCGCUCUGGACCUGGAGCUACACGCCUGAGACCCGCUGGACAUUGCUGGUUGUUUCUCACAACUAAGGUAAAGCCGCUCCCAGUACCUGGAGAGUUGGCUCCCUCUGGACCAGAGAACGCGCUGCACUCUCAAGUGCCAGCAGGGAGCAGACAGGCUGAGGCCAUCGGAGACACUAAUUCUCUGGCAGUCCUAGUCUUCCCAUUUGGAAACGUGACAGUUUCCUUUCUCUUUUAGCUCUCCUUCAAAGUUUAUGGAACAGAGCUCACAGGGCUAGGGGCCCUUCCCCCGCUGUCAAAGAAAGUGAAUGAUGAAGCUGCCUGUUCUUCUGGCCCUUGUGGUCUGUUCUACAGUCAGUACAAAUUUGAAGAUGGUAUCAAAGAGAAAUUCUGUGGAUGGCUGCAUUGACUGGUCAGUGGAUCUCAAGACAUACAUGGCUUUGGCAGGUGAACCAGUCAGAGUGAAAUGUGCCCUUUUCUAUAGUUAUAUUCGUACCAACUAUAGCAUGGCCCAGAGUACUGGGCUUAGGCUUAUGUGGUACAAAAAUAAAGGUGAUUUGGAAGAGCCUAUCAUCUUUUCAGAAGUCAGGAUGAGCAAAGAGGAAGAUUCAAUAUGGUUUCACUCAGCAGAGGCACAAGACAGUGGAUUCUACACUUGUGUUUUAAGAAACUCAACGUAUUGCAUGAAGGUGUCAAUGUCCUUGACUGUGGCAGAGAAUGAAUCAGGCCUGUGUUAUAAUAGCAGGAUCCGCUAUUUAGAAAAAUCUGAAGUCACUAAAAGAAAGGAAAUUUCUUGCCCAGACAUGGAUGACUUUAAGAAGUCUGAUCAGGAGCCUGAUGUUGUGUGGUAUAAGGAAUGCAAACCAAAAUUGUGGAGAAGCAUAAUAAUACAGAAGGGAAAUGCUCUUCUAAUCCAGGAUGUUCAAGAAGAAGAUGGAGGAAAUUACACAUGUGAACUUAAGUAUGAAGGAAAACUUGUUAGACGAACAACUGAACUGAAAGUUACAGCUUUACUCACAGACAAGCCUCCAAAGCCAUUGUUCCCCAUGGAGAAUCAGCCAAGUGUUAUAGAUGUCCAGCUGGGUAAGCCUCUGAAUAUCCCUUGCAAAGCAUUCUUUGGAUUCAGUGGAGAGUCUGGGCCGAUGAUCUACUGGAUGAAAGGCGAGAAGUUUAUUGAAGAACUGGCAGGUCACAUUAGAGAAGGUGAAAUAAGGCUCCUCAAAGAGCACCUUGGAGAAAAAGAAGUUGAGUUGACUCUCAUCUUUGACUCAGUGGUGGAAGCUGACUUGGCUAAUUAUACCUGCCAUGUAGAGAACAGAAAUGGACGGAAACAUGCCAGUGUUCUGCUGCGUAAAAAGGAUUUAAUCUACAAAAUUGAGCUUGCAGGGGGCCUGGGUGCAAUCUUCCUCCUGCUCAUAGUUCUGUUGGCCAUCUACAAAUGCUACAACAUUGAACUAAUGCUCUUCUACCGACAGCAUUUUGGAGGAGAUGAAACUAUGGAUGACAACAAGGAGUAUGAUGCCUAUCUUUCUUACACAAAAGUGGACCAAGAUACUCUAGAUUGUGACAAUCCUGAAGAAGAGCAGUUUGCUCUUGAGAUACUGCCAGAUGUCCUGGAAAAACACUAUGGAUAUAAACUCUUCAUCCCAGAAAGGGAUCUGAUUCCAAGUGGAACAUAUAUUGAAGAUCUCACAAGAUGUGUUGAACAAAGCAGAAGACUUAUUAUCGUGCUUACUCCAGACUAUAUUCUCAGACGGGGAUGGAGUAUUUUUGAACUGGAAAGCAGACUCCAUAACAUGCUAGUCAGUGGAGAAAUCAAAGUGAUUUUGAUUGAAUGUACAGAAUUAAAAGGAAAGGUGAAUUGCCAGGAAGUGGAAUCACUCAAGCGAAGCAUCAAACUUCUAUCCCUGAUCAAGUGGAAGGGUCCCAAAAGCAGCAAGCUAAAUUCUAAGUUUUGGAAGCAUUUAGUGUAUGAAAUGCCCAUCAAGAAAACAGAAAUACUAUCCCGUUGUCAUGUCCUAGACUCUGCAGAACAAGGACUUUUUGGAGAACUCCAGCCUAUACCCUCAAUUGCCAUGACCAGUACCUCUGCCACUGUGGCAUCAUCGCAAGCUGAUCUCCCUGAUUUCCAUCACCCAGAUUCAGUGCAAAUGAGGCACUGUUGCAGAGGAUAUAAACAUGAGAUACCAACCACCACCUUACCAGUACCUUCCUUAGGCAACCACCGCACCUAUUGUAAUGUGCCACUGACACUGCUCAAUGGACAGCUGCCCCUUAAUAAUACCCUGAAAGAUACUGCGGACUUUCCGAGGAACAGUUCCUUGCUACCUUUGUCAUCCAAAGAACUUAGCUUCACCAGUGAUAUUUGGUAAUGGAAAAAGCUCAAAUUCCUCUGAACAGCUAUCUAAGCAUUCAAAAUUUCUGCAAUACUAAGCAAAAACUACACCUAAAUAUCACUAAGGUGUUGAAAAAUUGAAGAAAAUGGCACAAAAUAGCUUUUAUACCUGAAUGUUUUUGUUUAUAUUACCAGAAUAGCAGGAGGAAAGAAGGACUUGCUUUUGUAUUAUGGCACCUUGUCCCAAUGUAUAGUUUUCAGUUUUUCUGAAAAAAUUAUUUUGAAUUGUGUUGUUUUAAAGUAGGUUUUUAUGAUACCACAUGGACUGCAAGUAUUAUGCGAGCUACCAUCCCCAUGUUUAUAUAUACAUAAGCAUUUAAAUAGUAUUUUUUGAAAAAAAGGAAAUCUUAAAGACUCAUUGAAUUUGAAAAUUCUGAAUGAAGUUUAAAGGGAAAAGAGAACUUCUGUAGAGUAACUGAGAUAUGAGGAAUGAUACAACAAAAAUGUUGAGGCAGCUAAUUGGAAGAUUCUUUGUACAGGAAGAUCAAUUGAGGAAAAAAAAAACAUAAUUGAAAUGUUAAGAACUUCUU